AUGACCAAUUGCAUAAUAACCAAGGCGUGGUGGACUCAACGGUCCAAGCAGCCGAAUCCUCACCCAAUCGAAAUCGCUGCCACAGCAGCGUGCUUGAAUCCUAAGCGAAGGUUUCGGUUCUCCCUUGUAGAAAAAGAAGAGUCACCACUUCCACGCCGGCUUGGUGCUGUAGUCAUGUUUGGACGUGGUGGACCAAGGAGGAGUGAUAACUCCAAAUAUUAUGAUAUUCUUGGAGUUUCAAAGAGUGCAAAUGAAGAUGAAAUCAAGAAGGCCUAUAGAAAGGCGGCAAUGAAGAACCAUCCAGAUAAGGGUGGAGAUCCUGAGAAGUUUAAGGAGUUAGGUCAAGCAUAUGAAGUUUUAAGUGAUCCUGAAAAGAAAGAAAUGUAUGACCAAUAUGGUGAAGAUGCCCUUAAAGAAGGGAUGGGAGGAGGAGGAGGAGGCUCGUUUCAUAAUCCUUUUGAUAUAUUUGAGUCAUUUUUUGGAGGAUCAAGCUUUGGUGGUGGUGGUGGUAGUUCUCGAGGUAGAAGACAAAAGCACGGUGAAGAUGUGGUGCAUUCUCUAAAGGUUUCCUUGGAGGAUGUCUAUAAUGGCACAACUAAGAAAUUAUCUCUUUCCAGGAACGUAUUAUGCCCAAAAUGUAAAGGGAAAGGUUCAAAAAGUGGAACAGCUGGUAGGUGUUUUGGUUGUCAAGGCACUGGUAUGAAGGUCACAAGAAGGCAGAUAGGACUAGGCAUGAUUCAACAGAUGCAACAUGUCUGCUCUGACUGCAGAGGAUCUGGUGAGGUUAUUAAUGAGAGAGAUAAAUGUCCUCAGUGCAAAGGAAACAAGGUUACUCAGGAAAAGAAGGUGCUGGAGGUGCAUGUUGAGAAGGGGAUGCAGCAGGGUCAGAAGAUUGUCUUUGAAGGACAAGCUGAUGAAGCUCCUGAUACAAUCACUGGAGACAUUGUUUUUGUAUUGCAAGUGAAGGAGCACCCAAAGUUCAGGAGGGAGCAUGAUGAUCUCUUCAUUGAUCACAAUCUCAGCUUACACGAGGCACUCUGUGGCUUCCAGUUUGCUGUCACACAUCUUGAUGGUAGGCAAUUACUGAUCAAAUCAAACCCUGGGGAAGUCAUCAAGCCAGGUCAAUAUAAAGCAAUAAAUGAUGAGGGUAUGCCACAACACAAUAGGCCAUUCAUGAAGGGUAGUCUCUACAUCCAGUUCAAUGUUGAUUUCCCAGACUCAGGGUUUCUUUCUCCUGAUCAAUGUCAAUUACUGGAAAAGGUCUUACCUCAGAAGAGCAGCAAGCAAAUGUCAGAAAUGGAGCUGGAAGAGUGUGAGGAGGCCACUUUGCAUGAUGUCAACUUCAAGGAGGAGAUGAGACGAAAGCAGCAGCAGCAUCAACAUCAACGCGAGGCAUACGAUGAAGACGAUGAUGAGCCAUCUGGUCACCGAGUGCAAUGUGCUCAACAAUAG